AAACGAACCUUUUAACAGACUCUCUCUCUCUCUCUCCAUCUCUCUUCGUCCCCAAAGCUACUCUCUUCUCCCCUUCUCUGUCCAUUUCUCUCUGUCCCCAAAGCUAUGGCAGAUGAUAUGGAUUCUGAUACAUGCGUCGGCUUCAAGCGAACAAUCAAAGAUUCCGAAGAAACCCAAACUCUCCCGCAACGCUCUGAUUCUCCGUCUGCAAUUCCAGAACAAGAUAGCCACUCGUUUGAGAUCGUUUCUCCUCUGAAACAAGACGCAGACUUCAUCGAAAAGAGCUCUCCUUGUUUGGUCUCCGAGUCCUCCAAGAAGGACAAGAGUUCACCUCACGGCCAAGUCUCUGAGACCCAUCUUGAAGAACUUCAAGAAAUUCCCAAUUCUGCGAAUGAAAAGCUCGUAUCUUUGGGUUUCGUUUCUGGGUUUCCUGCAUCUGAUGGAGUUGCCCAAGAUUUCAUGGGAAAUUGCGAGGUGGGUCUUGUUUCUGAUGGUGAAUUCGUGACAACUGAGACUGCAAAGACUCUGGAUGAUGAGAAGAAGGGUGAAGGCGAAGUGGGUUUCUCUGGCAUUCAAAAGUUGAUGCAAGAAACGGAGUCUGCAACUGAGUCUUUCGAAAAAGCAGCGGAAUCUCAGAGCUCCCUGGAAGCGAAGAAGAAGCAAUUACUGGAGGAAGUGGAAGCAAUGCUUGCGCCUGCAGAGAAGGCGCAGGUGAAAACUGCUGCUGAUGGGUCUGUUGGUUCUUUCAAGAUUGAAGUAAUUGAUGAUACUGCAUUGAUGAUACUCCCUGGCAAUGGCCGUGGGAAGGAGUUGGGUUGUGCACAGAGGAAUGGAAACAAGAAUGCAAAGCAAGAAAUGAAUGGGAAAAAAGCAAGAGCUGCAGCGCGAAAGGAAAAGGUGGCGAAUCGUCUGGUUGAAGCUCGUAGCCUGAGUUUAGAGAAAGAGAAAGGAACCAAGAUCAUUUACUCGAGGAAGGAGUUGGAGGCCAUGCGGUUUGUCGAUGUGGGGGAAAAGGAAAAAGUGGCGCAUUGUCUGGUUGAAGCUAGUAGCCUGAGUUUUGAGAAAGGGAAAGGAACCAAGAUCAGUUACUCGAGGAAGGAGUUGGAGGCCAUGAGGUAUGUCAAUGUGGUGGAACAGAAGAAACUGUGGAAGGAUAUAUACAGUGGCCUUGGGCCAGUCGUGGCAAAGGAGUAUGAUGAUAUGGCAAGUGCUAAGCAACAGAAGAACACCCACAAUAACUUUGAGCAUCGCAAACGCUUUGAGAAGAUGGAAGCGGGACCUGGUAUUCUUGGGGAAUCAUUUUCGGAAAAUGUGGACAUUGAAUUAGAAAACUUGGUGAAUAAUGAAACUCAAGAUGCAAGUGCCCUGGACCCUUUUUGCAGUUACAGUGCUACUGAUGAAGACGGCCACCCAUUUCAAGAAAAAGAGUGCACUGAGGAUUAUGACAGUGACGAAGAUUAUGCUAGCAUUCAGAGACCUGCCUUUGCAGUUGAUGGAGAACCCAAUUUUGAGUCUGGUUCACCAGAAGAUGGACUUGAGUAUCUUAGGCGUGUCAGGUGGGAAGCUGCCCAAAUUCCGAAAGUGAAGAUAGCCAAGGUUGAUAGAAGUAAAUUUAACAAGGAGCAGAGUGCUUAUAUGCCCAAGAUUCCUGAGAUUGCCAAGUGUCCAGAACAAUUCAUGCCCCUGAAACAGUGGGAGGAUGCAUUUCUUGCGGAAUUUUCAGAGCUAAGGCUGGCUCUGUCUGGUUUUGAGGGUUCUCAUGCAAGCACGUCUCGAGGUCCCCAAUCAAACAUUAUUCUUCAUGGAAAAUUUGAAAAGUUACUUAAUGUAGAAUCCAAGGAAGUUGACUUCAACUGGCUUCAGGACUGUUCCAUCGUUGGGAGCUCCACAGAUCAGCCAUCCUUGUCAAUUAAUUCAGAAAAUAAUGCCUCACUUCCUGCCGAGAACUCAAGUCCCAAGCUUUGUGUGACUCAAAGUUCCAGCGACACCCCCUUGUUGUCGGUGAUCUUAAAAAUGGACUCUGUAGCUCGAGUGUCAAUGUUGAGAAAACGCAUAAAAGCGGUAGAGGACAUGACUACUCUGUCAAGGAAUGAUUGCCUGUGGCUAUUUGCACUCUGUGCGGUAGUUGAUAUGCCACUAGAUGCUGAUACCAGCGCUUCUCUUCGGAGUCUGCUUAGGAAGUGCGCUGCCUUGCGAGCUGCAAAGUCUACACUUGACGACGAGGCAGUAAUGCUGAACAUUCUUGCCACGAUUUCAGGUAGAUAUUUCGGGCAGUCGGAAAACUGAAGCUUGCUGUAAUCUUUUAAAUAAAUCUUGUACUCUUGGAAGUUAUAGCAAGACUACCUGAAGGUUCAAAGUCGUUGCACAUUACAAUACAAAUAGCCUAAUUUAUUCAGUAGUUUUAUCACUGUAAUGUUUUGUAUUAGUAAUGUAGUACCAUAAACAAUCUUACUGAGAAAAGAUUGUGAGUUUUGCUUU